CUAACAAAAUCCUUGUGAAGUAAAAUCUAAAGGUUUUCUAUAUACAAAUUUCCUGUAUUUUUUGCCACCUAAGAUCUAGCGGCAAUAAUGUAAUUUAGUUUCCCAAAACCUUCGUAUAUAGCGUAAUUUGCGCUUAGUCAAGCAAGUGGCGCGUUCUCAGCCUCUCUAUCUGCUUAAACAUAUUUUCUUUAAUUCAAGUUCAACGAAGAUGUGACUUUUUCACCAUUACAAACAAUCCCAAUAGAUAAAUAAAUUCCAAACCCUUAGGAUUUUUGGCGUACAUUCUCUGUAUUAAUUUUUUUGGAGGUCUGAUUUACAAAAAUGACAUCAGAUCAUUUUGCACUUCAAAAUGAACAGACAAAACUCGAUUUUGAAGCUGUGGAGCUCAAAAUUUUAGCCACCUGAUUGAGAGCAGAGCAUUAAGCUGAGAAAUGGAAAACCCAUCCAAGUGCAGAUGACUGCUGCAGUUUAUGAAUCUGUAGAGGUUAAAAGCUUAACAGAAUGUUUGGAAAGAGCAUCAAGUGGCUUUGUGAGAGAAAACUGGUAUUUUGAGUCUAGAUGGUACAAAUUUUGAUGCUUUAAGGGUUUCUUGGGUUGGCAGUGGUUUGCAAAGAACAAACACAUUUUGAGAGUAUAUCACUAUGUAAGCAAAACUAGCUUUGAUUUGAAGCAGUUAUGGAUAUGACUAGGUCCAGGCGCCACUCUGCUUCAGCCAUAAUUGAAGAUUCAGAUGUUCCUAGUAGUCGAAACAUGGAGAAGAAGUCAGGAUUGAAUUUCACUAGAUUGUUGUGCAUUUGUUUUGUCUGCUUCCUUGUGUUACCGGCUCUUGUUACAUUGAGCUACAAUGUUGUUUCUCAAGAUUCUCUAUCAGGACCUUCUCAGAUAUCAAAGAUGCAGUACAAUGUAGCUCGCUCUGUCAAGGCAGCAGAUGAGGUGGGGACUCAAAGUGAAGAGAUUGAAUUACAUGAAGAGCAGAAAGGAGAAAAUCAAGUGUUGGAUUUGGAAGAGGGCAAUCAAACUAGCACAACAAUGAACCAAGGAUUGAAUGAGAGCUCUUCUCUGAAGAGUGCUCAGAAUAUGGAUCCAUCAUUAGAUGGUUUGCUUGCUGACGGUUUCAGUACAAGCAGUUGCAAGAGCAGGGAUCAGGUGUACCGCUAUCGAAAAGCAACCAAAUUUAAGCCAUCAGCUUAUUUGCUAGAGAAGCUUCGGAACUAUGAAGCACUCCAUAGGAAAUGUGGCCCCAAUACUGAAGUUUUUAAGAGAACUUUGGAUGAUCUUAAGUCUGGAAAGACACUAGCAGAUGCAGAUUGCCAGUAUGUUGUGUGGGUUUCAUACAGUGGACUAGGCAAUAGGAUGGUGACAAUAGCUGCUACAUUUCUUUAUGCCCUGCUAACCAAUAGGGUACUCCUUAUAGACAGAGGUGUAGACAUGACCGAUCUUUUUUGCGAGCCAUUCCCUAACACUUCAUGGUUUCUACCUUCAAGUUUUCCCAUGGCUUGGCUGCAACCUUUAAAUGAAUCAUCAACCCAGAGAUAUGGGCAUCUGCUUAACAAUAGCAUUAUUCAGCUUUAUGAAAAUGGUACCCAAAGCAAUCUUCCACAUUAUGUUUAUCUUCAUCUAACCCACAAUUAUGAUUUCCAUGACAAAUUAUUCUUUUGUGAGAGAGAGCAGCAAUUUCUGAAGCGCAUACCAUGGUUGUUCCUAAGAUCCAAUAACUAUUUUGUACCCUCUCUGUACCUGUUACCCUCAUUCAAUGAAGAAUUGCACCAUUUAUUUCCUCAAAGGGAUUCUAUUUUCCAUCAUUUAGGGAGGUACUUAUUGCACCCUUCCAAUACAGUCUGGGGCUUGAUUACUAGAUUCUAUCAAGCUUAUCUGGCUCAUGCGGAACAAAGGAUAGGACUGCAGAUCAGAACAUAUGAUUCCGGGUACUUCCCGUAUAUAUCAGAUCAGGUUUUGGCUUGUAGUCAGAAAAACAGAGUUCUACCCAACAUAUCUCAUAGUGAUGAAUUCCUUGAAGCUGCAUAUGAAAAUGGAUUCGCAAAGAAGCCUUAUGCAGUCUUAGUAACCUCUCUAAGUUCUGGGUACUAUGAAAGAAUCAGAGAUUUAUAUUGGGAAUACCCUACUGUAGGUGGGCAGCUUGUGAGUGUCUUUCAGCCCAGCCACGAAGAAAGGCAGCACACUGAAAAUCAAUCUCACAAUAUGAAGGCAUGGGCAGAAAUGUAUCUUCUUUCUCUUUGUGAUGUACUUAUAACAAGCCCAUGGUCUACAUUUGGAUAUGUAGCUCAAGGUCUUGCAGGUAUAAAACCUUUGAUUAUGUUUAAGCCUGAGAAUGACACUGUUCCAGAUCCACCAUGUCGUGAAGUCAUGUCAAUGGAGCCCUGUUUUCAUGCACCUCCAUUUUAUGAUUGUCAAGCACAAAAAGGUAUAGAUACUGGAAAAGUCUUUCCAUAUGUGCGGCAUUGUGAAGAUGUGCCUUGGGGUCUUAAAGUAGUAGAGAAUGAUGAACUGUAAGUGUUUCUACUUUUGGGGUUUGAAGCAAUUCUUUGCAACAGCAUUUUUUAUUUUUUUGCAUAGAUCAUUCAUGAUAUAUGCAGUGUCUUAAUCUAUAACGCUAAAGGGAAGAUUUCAAUACUUUCUUAUA